UAUAGUCAGUUGUUUAGAUAAAGGAGUCCAAUAUUGAACAGACUUCUCAAAAGUCCACUAUCAUCCUCAGAGUUUGUACGAAAUAAAUGGAUUGUGGAUGGAUGCUCAAGAAUUUGACAAUUAUGGAAGUGGACGAGAUGUCUUCAUGGAGAAUUUACGAGGAGAAGAAAUAUGUGACAGGCUUCGGUUCUUCAUAGAAGAGUGUGAUCAUGUCCAGGGUUUUCAAUUCAUUGUUGAUGAUUCGGGAGGUUUCUCCCCACUAGCUGCUGAUUUUCUGGAAAGUGUUUCUGAUGAAUACGCAAACACUCCAGUGUUGUUAUAUGCUGUUAGGGGUCCUAGUUCUCGUAUGAACCUAAGUAGCAGGAAGCAGAAAAUUGUAAGAGAUCUUCAUGAUGCAGUAUCUUUCUCAAGAUUAUCAUCUUUUUGUAAACUGAUUGUGCCCGUUGGUUUACCCUUCUUGAGUAAGGAGUAAGUCAAAUUAUGAUUU